ACCCACUUCAUGCAGUGCACGGAGCACAACGCCGAGUUCGAGGGCCUGGACUGCGACAUCUUCGAGUCGCCGGUGCCCAUGACCAUGGCCCUCUCCGUCCUGGUCACCAUCGAGAUGUGCAACGCCCUCAACAGCCUCUCUGAGAACCAGUCCCUGAUCCGGAUGCCACCUUGGGUCAACAUCUGGCUGGUGGGUUCCAUCUGCCUCUCCAUGUCCCUCCACUUCGUCAUCCUCUACGUCGACCCGCUGCCUAUGAUCUUCAAGCUGACGCCCCUGGACAUGACGCACUGGUUCAUGGUGCUGAAGAUCUCCUUCCCCGUCAUCCUGCUGGACGAGGCCCUCAAGUUCGUCGCCAGGAACUACCUGGAGG